AUGCCAGUUCGCGGAGUGGGAGGCGCUGCUGUUGUAACGGUCAAAGCUAGGGACGAUCUGCGCAUAUCACGAAAUGGCACUUAUGUCCUGCAGUCUUCGUAUGAGUCCACUUUCUCGUUUACAUUGACAAAUUCGGGGAAUCGAAGAGCUUUCUCCCGUAUAGUUGUUUUGUAUACCGGAGAAUCCAACGUAGCAGAGCAUGUUCCUGUUGACAUACGUCCUUCACAUGGUAUAGUUAUUGAUCGUGGUGAUAGUAAGCAACCAAAAGGAGCAAAUCAACUACAAGUGCUUGUGUACUGGGGAGAAGAACGGACCCGUCAACGUCUUAGAUGUUUUGAAAAGAUUUCGGGCGCUCCGCAUUUAUGUGAGGGUAUGCAGUUCACUGAUAAUUUUGAUGGUGAAGGUCCACCAUUCCAACCACCGGAAGAUUAUCCCAUAUCAAAGGAGGACGUUCGACUCUUCGAUCAAACGCUAAGAAUGUGUACCAUAUAUGUAUGCUCUCUGAGAAUUCGACCGAGAUCAUCUCUGGCCUCGAACACCUCGUCACUCGAAAGAAGUCUACAACCUGAAGAUACUUUUCGCGAGAAGACUAUCUACAGGGUGAUUCCCGAUCAGACACUUCGUUGA